AUGACGACGGUUGUGGUUCGCGCGCUUGCUGGAGAUGUGGUGUUGGGGCCGCUGUUCUUCGAAGCGCCGCCCUGCGUUUCUGACAUAAAGAACCGCUUGCAAGAGUCCUUGGAACUGCUACCAGGGCAGGAAGUGCUUCUGCUCCAAGAUAGCGCAAUCCUCUCUGACACCACGAAAUUGCAGGGUGGUUCAGCAGAGGACCCCGUAGCACUAAACAUGGUAACGUCGAAGCAGAGUCUGGCGGCGCUUGUUUGGGGCUUAAGUACCAAAGGACCACAGUGGUCGAAAGUGAGUGAGCAGCUGGAGCGAGGCAUCGUGGCAGUGUCUUCUACCCUCUCAGCCUUUGCUGCUUUGACAGAGUCCGGCUCUGUGAUCACUUGGGGUGAAGGCGAGAAGGAGGAUGGGGGUGACUCUGACGGGGUACUUGGCCUUGACCAGGGUGUCCUGCAGGUGCUGGGCAACGAAGAGGCUUUCGUUGCACGGAAAACGGGCGGCGAGCUUGUAGUUUGGGGAGGUGCGGGAUCUGGCGGCAAGCCCGAUGCAGAAAUAAGGGCUCAGCUCCGUGAUGGAGUGGUGGCCAUGGCGCGGACUAUGCAAGCCUUCGCUGCCGUGAAAGAGAAUGGAGAGGUCGUCGUUUGGGGGAAUCCAGAGUUUGGAGGUGACAGUAGCUCUGCUGGAAGCUUGCGCGGCGUUGUCUCCGUAGUUGGGACUUGGGGACAGAGUCGUGGGGCCUUUGCAGCCUUGACCGACACAGGUGGAGUGGUCACCUGGGGAGAUCCCGAGCUCGGUGGUGAUCUGGGCUCCAAGGCAGGGCAGGUGGCAAAAGAUGUGAAAAGCAUUGUUGCCAGUGGCUGUUCUUUCGCGGCCUUGAAGAUCACUGGUGAAGUUGUGUGCUGGGGAGAUCCGGAGGGAGGUGGGGAGCCGGUCGUGUACUUUUCCGAUGAUGAUGAUUCCGGGAUGGCGCAGUACUCGGUGAAGGAGAAGCUCGCUGGGGCUGUGGUUUCCAUUGCCGCUUCCGAUGACGUCUUCAUGGCUCUCAAAGAAGGCGGUGAGGUUGUUGGCUGGGGAAUGGGAGCGGACGGUGCGCACCUCGACGAAGACCUUUUGAAAGAACUGGGAAACGACGUGGUGUCCAUCUCGGCCAAUGUGGCCGCCUUCGCUGCAUUGAAGGUGGGUGGCCGUGUUGUGACAUGGGGUCCCUACACACAGCAGGGCCUGACCCAGCUGGAAAGUGGAGUUGUGAAUAUUCCGAGUUUCUCAUGGCCAAGCAUGAUGUCCUUUGCCGCUUUGAAGGAUAAUGGCUCUCUUGUCGUUUGGAGCGGCUUGUCGAUUGCCCAUAUUGAGGAGACCCCGCAUGAGGAGUUACAAGGUGGCGUCGUGGAUGUUGUGGGUAAUCCCUGCGGCUACGUGGCCUUGAAGUAUGCAUCUGCACUGACCUCUGACGCUUAG